CGUCACACAGUCUCUCGCUCAGAGUCGUGCUGGAAGUAGGGCCUUGGUUCUGGUUGGACUGGUGCAUGUCUACUUGUACUUUAACUAUAUUUAAAAAUGGGGAUGUUGAGCCUGCAGCGUCUGAGCUACCUGCAGCGUUAACAAAGAAACAGAUGAAGAUGAUGAAUGGUGCUGGACUGAUGUAAAUGUAAGGUCUGCUCCUGAGUCUCCCAGGCUCAAAUCCAGCUGUGGAGGAAAAGGUGCAGGUAGCGUGGACACUUUCAGGAUGUCUGAUCUGCUGCAGUCCCAGCCUGUCAUUUGUGUUCAUUUUUUAAUCAGCGUAGGCUCCUUUGAAUCAUUUGCACAGGAACAGAUGGGACCUGCACCUCUUGACUGUUUCACAGACAACAUUCACGUACUGAGAGUUUUUCCUCCACGUCACAAAUGUUCCAUUGUUCUUGUGAUGGGUAAAUAAUAAGUAAACAGCUCUAGUUAUGGUUGUUUUGUAGCUUCAACACAAACGUGGAAAUGUUGUAAUCAAAGCACCAAAUAACGAUAAAUGCGCUGCAGGAUCGGUGUGGUGAAAGAGUCGUACUGCCAUCUGUGACAUGGGAAUAAACUCAUUUGUUACAGACGUGGAACAAAUGGCUUAAAUGAGCAUUUUGGGUCCAAGCAGUCCCUGCUGCAGAGUCGGGGACAGUCAUCCUCCAUGAGGGUGGGGUUGUCCUGGCAGUGACGAAGCAGGGACCUGGUGGAGCAGGCUGGGCAGCCUGGCCUGUGAUGGAGUGCUGGGUGGGGAGCGUGCCCCUUCCUCCACCGCUGAACACGUGCUUCACGGUGCUGUGAGGUGGGUCAGGGCUGGGACAGCUCUGCUGCUGGGUCAGACUGGCUCGUUCGUGCAUCCGAGGGACAGCAGGUCACAGGAGACUGCUGCCUGCUCUUAUCACUCAGCCCCCCCGCCGCAGACGUCAUCCUUAUUCAUGGUGCUUUCUUAUCUAUACAAAUAAUAAGACACAGUAGUAACACAUCCUAAGACAAAGGCCAACUUCUGCUCUCCUUUCCAAAGAGAAAAUCCACAGGCUGCCGUGUGGGAGGAGGGACCAGGAAGAGGUUUAUCGUGGUCAACACUGUCGUCCUAAUCCGCUCUUAGGGGAUAGAGGCUUAGUGGGACCUCAGGUUAGGUUGAUCACAACUUGUCUCAGACACAACCAUCCACACGAGCAAGGCAUUCAUUGGUUUGCACGCAUGAGUUAUUUCACCCUCAGAAGUCUGUUCUCUUCUUAGUUCUGCGGAUUCAUUGAAGCAAACGUUUCUGUGGGCAGGUGUAGAGGCAGCAGCUCUGUGGACCUCAGAGAGCACACCUGCCACACUCCAGCUACACACUAGCUGUUUCUUUCUUUGUGUUUCUUUAAUUCAACCAAGACUUCUGAAGAUGAAAGACCGCCUGGCUCAGCUGAAGGAGAAGAGCGAUGCAGGUGGUGAUGAUAUUGAGGUUCCUGUGGAGAGUGAGGCUUUCAUGGAUGAUUUCUUUGCUCAGAUUGAAGACAUCCGCAGCAGUAUUGACAAGAUUGACGAGAGUGUUACAGAAAUCAAAAAACUCUACUCCACCAUCCUGUCUGCCCCGACCUCCGACCAGAAAACACAGGAUGAUGUCGAGGCUCUCACCAAUGAGAUUAAAAAGUCGGCCAACAAUGCAAGAAACAAACUGAAGAGUAUCGAGCGCCAGCUGGAGUCAAACGCCGACGAGAGGGCCUCGGCCGACCUCAGGAUACGCAAGUCACAGCACGCCAUUCUGGCCAAAAAGUUUGUAGAGGUGAUGACAAAGUACAACGAGGCUCAGGUGGACUUCAGAGACAAGAGCAAGGGACGGAUCGCCCGCCAGCUGGAGAUCACUGGAAAAACAACGACUGAUGAAGAGUUGGAUGAGAUGCUGGAGGGAGGAAACUCUGCAGUCUUCACAGCAGGGAUCAUGGACUCUAAGAUCAACCAGCAGGCCCUGAAUGAGAUCGAGGCUCGUCACAAAGACAUCAUGAGGCUGGAGAGCAGCAUUAAAGAACUCCACGACAUGUUUGUUGAUAUUGCCAUGCUGGUUGAGAACCAGAAACAAAUGAUGAUCUUCUGCUGCUGCGUGAUUUUGGCUGUCGUCCUGGGUUCAUUUGUCUACAGCUUCAUCAAAUAG